CACAGUGAAAGCUACAUGUUCAUACCUCAUGCUGCUUCUUCCCACCCCUUCAAAUUUCUUCCAAUUUCUCCACCCACAAAAACUUCGCUGGCUGUCUUAAACACAUUUGAAUCUGAAAAACUUCAGACCACGCUGCAUCACAGUCGAGCUCACUGGGGUCUGUCUGAAGUCUUGACGUCGUGCCAAUCCAGCAGCCACAUCUUGAACUCUUGUCGAGGGUGGAUGCAAAUCAGGAGAAUCAGGAUGCUGUUAGGCUUCUUUGUAUUAUCUGUUGGGUUUUUCCUGGACAUGGGAGUGUGCACUGCAGUGCAAUCGGAGAUGAGAAUCACAACAAUAAAGCAAGAGCCGUAUGCAAUAUACAAAGGCUCACACCUGGAAGGCUUUUGCAUUGACCUGCUGUCUGAAGUUGCCAAGAAACUGGGCUUCGGGUACAAUGUGCGUCUGGUGAAAGAUGCUUCAUACGGCAGACAGGAUGAGAACGGGAACUGGAACGGGAUGAUUGGAGAGGUGGUGAGAGGGGAGGCCGACCUUGCAAUUGCUCCGCUGACUCUCACUGCAGCUCGGGAGAAAGCGGUGGGGAUGACCAAACCGUUCAUGCAGACAGGAAUCAGCAUCCUGCUGAGGAAGGACAUCUCAGAUGGAACGGGCUUCUUUGAUUUCCUGUCCCCCUUCACUGCUGAGACCUGGGUCGGCAUACUCAUUGCCUACCUGGGGACCGCUGCUUGCAUCUUUAUAGUAGCCAGACUCAGCCCAUGUGAGUGGAGUCAGCCUCAGAGUGAGCUGAACAGAUUCAGCCUCCUCCACAGCCUGUGGUACACAGCUGGAGCUCUGACUCUACAAGGUGCCGGCCCCCACCCAAAAGCUCUUUCAGGACGUGUCAUCUGCUGCAGCUGGUGGAUAUUUACAAUCGUCCUCCUGGCUUGUUAUUUCUCCAACCUCAGCUCCUCUAAGACCUCCGAGUCCACUCACCUGAGAGUGAAAGGGUUUGAGGACUUGGCCAACCAGGACACGAUUGAGUACGGCUGCUUGGCGGGCUCUUCCACCCUCGCCUUCUUCAAGAAUUCAAACAAUCCAGUCUACCGCAGAAUCUAUGAACACAUGGAGAGAACUAAGAGUUUUGUGUCGUCUAUGGACGAAGGGGUCCGGCGUGCAAAAGAGGGAGACUUUGCCUUUAUUGGAGAGUCUGUUUCUUUGGACUUGGCAGUAGCACGCCACUGUGAGCUGGUCAGAGCACAUGAAGUCGUUGGAAUGAGGGGAUACAGCAUUGCUGCCACCCUUGGCUCACCCAUCAUAAAGAACCUCAGCGUGGCGAUCCUGCAGCUGAGCGAGGCGGGGGAGCUGGCUUACCUGCGAAGCAAGUGGUGGGCCAGCAGCUGCAUAGCAGGCAAGGCCAAGUCUUCAGCUGUGCAGCCGCACAGUCUCAAGGGGAUGUUUCUGGUUCUGUCCCUGGGCCUGGGGCUGGGAGCACUGCUGGCCGUCCUGGAGCUCACCUUCAAGAGCCGCACAAGUGCAGCUGAGCAGAGGAAAUCCUGCUGCACUGUGCUGACUGAAGAACUGAGUCUGCGCUUGAGGACCAGCAAUGCAAACAAACCCCAAGAAAAUGUGGACAAAGAUAAAGAAAAAGCAUAGAAACAUCCUAGAAACAUGUCGUAUUAACAAGUCUGAAAACUUCAGUUUUCUUUUGUUUGAUAGCUAUUUGAGAAUUUGAUCUAAUAUUUGACUGAAACAUUAAUUGUAGGUUUUGAAGUUUUUUAGUUGUAGAAAUACAUCAGAUAAAAAUAAUGAAAACAAUAUUACAUGUAAAAAUAAAAAAAACUCACAUUUUAUUAAAAUAAUCAAUUUAUUGAUUUUCAAGUGUUAAUGCUAUAAUUUCAUUGAAAAAGCAAACAUGAUAGUUUAAAUAUUAUAAAAACAGUUAUUAAAAUGAUCAGUGUUCACAGUUUGACUAACAAAUAGUGCUCAUGUAAGUUUACUGUUUGUCGUCAUGCUGUUUUGUACAGUUGGCAAUGGCAUCACAGGAUUAUAACGAUUUCUUUUUAAAAACUAUUUCAUGCAUAAAAACGUUGUUGAUUGUAAACAUUACAGCAUGCCUAAAACAAUAAAACGGUCUAAUUGUGUAA